CCCGCUGAGCCCCAGGGACCCCGCCGUGGCCGAGGCCAUGUUCCCCGUGUUCCCUUGCACGCUGCUGGCCCCCCCCUUCCCCGUGCUGGGCCUGGACUCCCGGGGGGUGGGCGGCCUCAUGAACUCCUUCCCGCCACCUCAGGGUCACGCCCAGAACCCCCUGCAGGUCGGGGCUGAGCUCCAGUCCCGCUUCUUUGCCUCCCAGGGCUGCGCCCAGAGUCCAUUCCAGGCCGCGCCGGCGCCCCCACCCACGCCCCAGGCUGCUGAGGCCGCGCCUCCUGUUUCUGCCGCCACCAUCGCCGCAGCCGCAGCUACCGCCGUCGUAGCCCCAACCUCGACGGUCGCUGUGGCCCCGGUUGCAUCUGCCUUGGAGAAGAAGACAAAGAGCAAGGGGCCCUACAUUUGCGCCCUGUGCGCCAAGGAGUUCAAGAACGGCUACAACCUCCGGAGGCACGAGGCCAUCCACACGGGAGCCAAGGCCGGCAGAGUCCCUUCGGGUGCUAUGAAGAUGCCCACCAUGGUGCCCCUGAGCCUUCUGAGCGUGCCCCAACUGAGCGGAGCCGGUGGCGGCGGAGGAGAAGCGGGUGCAGGCGGCGGAGCGGCUGCAGUGGCUGCCGGUGGCGUAGUGACCACGACCGCCUCGGGAAAGCGCAUCCGGAAGAACCACGCCUGUGAGAUGUGCGGCAAGGCCUUCCGCGACGUCUACCAUCUGAACCGACACAAGCUGUCGCACUCCGACGAGAAGCCCUACCAGUGCCCUGUGUGCCAACAGCGCUUCAAGCGCAAGGACCGCAUGAGCUACCACGUGCGCUCACAUGACGGCGCUGUGCACAAGCCCUACAACUGCUCCCACUGUGGCAAGAGCUUCUCCCGGCCGGAUCACCUCAACAGUCACGUCAGACAAGUGCACUCAACAGAACGGCCCUUCAAAUGUGAGAAAUGUGAGGCAGCUUUUGCUACCAAGGAUCGACUGCGGGCGCACACAGUACGACAUGAGGAGAAGGUGCCAUGUCAUGUAUGUGGCAAGAUGCUGAGCUCGGCUUAUAUUUCGGACCACAUGAAGGUGCACAGCCAGGGCCCUCACCAUGUCUGUGAGCUCUGCAACAAAGGUACCGGUGAGGUCUGUCCAAUGGCAGCGGCAGCGGCGGCAGCAGCAGCGGCAGCUGCAUCAGUGGCAGCCCCUCCCACAGCUGUGGGCUCCCUCUCUGGGGCUGAGGGGGUGCCUGUGAGCUCUCAGCCACUUCCCUCCCAGCCCUGGUGAACUCCUAGUUGGUGAGGGGGAGAGAGGAGAAUGGAGGAAAGUCCCUUGGUACCAUCUUCUUUCCCCCCUUCUCUUCCUACCAACUCUUCACUGCUUUCCCCACCACCCAAGGAGCCUCCUGAAGGAAAGGAGGAAGAAAUGUUUUCUUAGGGGAAUUCACUAGGUUUUAACGAUUUGUUUCUCCUGCUCCUCUCUUCUCCCUAUCAGACCUGACCCCACACACACCUGUCCCCUUGGUUGUGUUGAAGCCCCCUGGACAGUAGGCAGGGGUGGCAGAGGACAGGAGUGGCCACUGCCCUUACCACCUCUCCUCUCUGUAACCCCCUGCCCUGCCCUUCCAGGGAUUUGUGAGCCUUCUUCCUUGAUGGUCCUUCUUGCUCUCCUUCCAGUCCCCCCCUACUGUCUGCUGCCCCUCCCUGGGGAGUUGGUGCUUUUUUUUUUUUCCAGGGGGAGGGAGGAGAGAAAGGAGGGGAAUUAAAGAUUCUGUCCUACUAGAGAGGGGGAAAGGUGAGAUUUGAGAAGGGACAGAAGCAGGGAAGGCAAAGGUUGUACCUUCAUAAGGUGGGGUUGUUUAGGGUCAAGCCCUAAGCAUCAUCCUACUUAAGAAUCUGUCAGGGGAAAACAAAUCAAGGGGAGCAAAAGGAGCCACUUGGGCCAGAGGCAGGACAAGAGAUGGAACUUUAGGAGGUCAGGGUAAAUGGGGAGAUCCAGGGACUAGAGGUGCUGCCUGGAGGUGGGGGGAAGGCAGCUGCAGUGUCUCCCCCUUUCCUCUUCCACCCCAGCCCUGGCCUUUUCAUCCCUCUCCCCCAAGAUAGAAGCUGUGGCCCUGGCCAUGUCAUCGUGUUCCUGUGUCCCCUGCAUGUUCCCUACCCUUCACCCCCUCCUCUUGGCGUGGAUCCCAUUACAAUAAAUUUUAAAUAAAAACUUGGCUCUGGAUUGAA